CUCAGGAUGUACAGCUUUAUGGGAGGGGGCUUGUUUUGCGCCAUCGUGGGGAACAUCCUGCUGGUGGUCUCCACGGCAACCGACUACUGGAUGCAGUACCGGCUGUCGGGCAGCUUUGCCCACCAGGGCCUGUGGAGAUACUGCAUGUCCGGAAAGUGCUACAUGCAGACCGACAGCAUCGCCUACUGGAAUGCCACCCGGGCUUUCAUGAUCCUGUCCGCCAUGUCGUGUUUCGCGGGCAUCAUCGCUGGCAUCCUCUCCUUUGCCCACUUCUCCGCCUUCGAGAGAUUCAACCGCUCCUUCGCUGCAGGGAUUAUGUUCUUCGUUUCAACUCUCUUUGUUCUGCUGGCCAUGGCCAUCUACACUGGGGUGACGGUCAACUUCCUGGGGAAGCGCUUUGGGGACUGGCGCUUCUCCUGGUCCUACAUACUAGGCUGGGUUGCCUUGCUCAUGACAUUUUUCGCAGGGAUAUUUUACAUGUGUGCCUACAGAAUGCAUGAAUGCCGAAGAGUGGCCGGGCCACGCUAAGACGACAGGAAGGACUUGAGAGAUGCCUUCUCUGAAAUGCUCUCGCCCCAAGACAAAACAUGAUGAACAUGAUGCAAUGGCUCAGUUGCUAGGCAAAAUAUAAAGAGCACUUUUUUCGGAAAUACGAGAAAUAAAUAAAAUCUGAAAAAAGCAUGUCUGCCUCGACCAUUUCCUCUCUCACACCCUCUCUAGAAAAAGAAAAAUGAGAAACAGAAUUACAAGCUCUGUUUUUGAGGAUGAUACACACAGACCACUGAAGAUAGCUUUUUUGUACCAGACACUGAAAGUGCAGUACGAUGUUUCACUCAAUGUUGGGAAAGAGGUUUUCACACAUGUUGGGCUGAAACUUUCAAUAAACACCUUUAUCAUUCAUCAUGAUAUUGUCUUUUUUUUCUUUUA